GCCGCUAUUCGAUUCCGGGCUAGACGUGAAUGAUCCAACUCACGACCCAGAGACUGUCAACAGCGCCUGGACCAACACAUGAUGAUACCGUUGUUAAUUAGGCAUCUCGUUGUCCAACGUUAUGCUUCUGAGGUGUGAACCUUGUUUCGAUCUACCACGGCCGCCAUGUCCGUGCGGACGGGACGAGAGAGGUUGGCCAAAUCCUAUUAAAAGCCAUCUUUGAGGUUUAUGUUUUUUAUGACGUAUCUUCGAAUUGGAGUGUCUAAAGAUGAAGAUAUUUCGUUAUUCAAAACAGAAUCAGUAAAUGAUGAAUUGAACAUCAUGGUUGAGAAAGAGCUGCGUUUACAAGGGAUAUUGAAGCUUGAUAGACUGCUGUACGUAAGCAUCUCAACUGCCGACUUGGCGUGGUACUACAAGCAAACUCAAUUAUGUCAUCCAUUUAAGCACCCGUUCAUACCAAAACAUCUGGCAUUUCAAUUCACUCAGUUCACUUCACUUCCUUGAAUUGACAGUGGAAAUAAAAGUAAAAUGUCAAACAAUCUGCAAUACAUCUUCGGUGGCCCCAAGGCUUGGGACAGUGGUCUCUGGACCGCCUCAGACGAUCGCGUCCGCGGCGGCUCCAGCAUCUCACACCUCUACACCCACCCCACGCAAGCCAAAUUCUACGGCCAUCUUGACACCAAGACUCUCGGCGGCGCUGGCUUUGCUUCGCAGCGCACAGUCGGCGACCUAGCACUCGAUCUCUCCUGCACAGAGGGCAUAAAGCUCUCCCUUGGCUGGGACAGCUCGGAUCAGACUUUUACGCUCAACGUAAAGGACACCAUCCCUGGAAAGAGGGAGGAUGGGAGAGAUGAGGCUGGUGUGAGCUGGGAGUACGACUUUAAGGCGCCAGAGAAUGGAGGUGAGAUUUUCAUGAAGUGGGAUGAGUUCAAGGCGACAUAUCGUGGGAGGGAGGUUGAGGAUCCUGAGCCGUUGAAGCUGAAUGACAUCAAGAGAAUAUCUCUCAUGGCACGAAGGCAAGUUUCCUGUGUGUGAGACGGAGAUUGGUUGCUAACGUUGAAUAGCUUCUUUGAUAAGCAGGAUGGAGACUUCAAGUUGUAUGUCAACUGGAUCGCUGCUGUCAAGAAGGAUGAUAACGACAGCGAUGACGAUGGUGAUCUCAAGAAGCAUGCUCUUGAGCAGCGAUCUAGCCCUCGUCCUGUAUGGAAGAGGCUGUUCUGCGGUCUUUUGUAAUUGUACUAGAUACCUUCACGUCUUGUGUGUCGCUCACCAUGAUCGGAACUUGAAUACACAAAAGCAUUAUAUCGGGACCAGGGUUCUCUCUGCCUCCUUGGCUUGUUUAUUUCUAUCAAUAUUGGCAAUUUAUUCCUCAUGGCACUCUCUGUGAUCUGACUCGAUGGUUACCUGCAACUAAGAGAAGCUGGCUGGAUAUUUCAGUGGAAUCCUUUUAUACAACAUGAUGCAAACCCCAAGCACUUUCAAGGCCUAUGGCCACAGGUCAUGGCGUCUCAUGGAUUUCGACCUCCAAGUACUGCUGGCAUUAUAGAUAUCUUCUU